UGUCGCACAGUUCGACACGGUGCCAGUAAAACCAAUAUACUGCCGAUUAAGUUAAAGGUCUCCGGUUAGCUGUGCGGGUUCAGUAGCGGAGCGUGAAACGCAGUGCCAACCGUGUGUGUCAACGAACCGUUUGUUUCGUGAACAUUUGUGUAGCAGAGGCAAAAAGUAGAGCGCACAAGAUGGGUAUCAAAGGAUGUUGCUCGGUGGUUAAAUAUCUUGUGGUUUUGGUGAACUUGCUUUUCCUGGUUGUCGGGCUGGUCAUCAUUUCGCUCGCCAUCUGGAUGCUGUCGGAUCCAACGUUCCUGAUCUCGCUGACCCAGAACGAAACGCACUACACUAUCGGGCUGUAUAUCUUUCUCGCGGUCGGCGGGUUGAUGCUGGUUGUUGCCCUUCUCGGGUGUUGUGGGGCACUGAAAGAGUCACAGUGGGUGCUAACAUCGUUCUUCUGCUGUCUGUUGAUGGUGCUAGUUGCGGAGAUGGCGGCUGGUGCUUGGGCAUUUCAGAACUCCACCAAACUAGACAAUGUGGUCCGUUCAGCCGUGAAAGAUGCAGUCCAGACACAGUACGGCAUGAUACCGACACGUACCGCCACACUGGAUGCAAUUCAGCAGCAUUACCAAUGCUGUGGAGCGGAGGGACCGAACGAUUGGCAGUCGAGUGCUUAUAACAAUGUUGAGCGACCCACGCCCAGCAUCGAGAUCGGUAAGCUGCCGGUCAGCUACAACUUGCCGGAAACGUGCUGCAGCUCGCACAUCUCUCCGGAAGAGUGCAAGGUCGCUCGCCGAAUGGAGUACGCAACCUCGAUCAAGCGCGCCAAUAUUUUUGCAGAUGGUUGUAUGGAGAAGCUGGUCGGCGAGAUUCGAAAAAACAUCAAAACUAUCAGUUACGUCGGAGCAGCGAUCGUUGGUAUCGAGCUGCUUACCCUUAUACUGUCGUUGCUACUGUGCUGUACCAUUCGCCGGAACGAUAACUAUAAGCACUGAGUCAGAUAAUCGAUAUCUAACGACAGUUUGCAUUACAUUGCUUUUAAUCCCUUUUCAUACUUACACUUAAAACGAUACAUGAUAUGACGUCGAAUUUUACUUAUCCGGCCACUAGAACCGCCGAGCGUUCCUGGUCUGUAACAGAGAAGCCCAACAUCGCUCGCGAUCGAACGCCUCAUCCGCCAACUCGUUAAACAGAGUGUUCUUCCAUCGCUAAGGAUGCAUUCGCACAAUCUCUUUUGUCAAACUCAUUCUCACCAUGUACCUUCUGUCCUUCCUAACGGCCUAAGAAGAUUUUACAAACCGCUUCAGCAUCCACCAUCUGCUAUUCUCAUGACAUGACUAGCCCACCGAAGCAAGGUGACAUAGUGCGUACAACUCGCUGUUGUACCGUCUCUUCCACUAUCCCGUCACACAUAGGAUGCUCCAAUGUGAGCUCUUGAACUAAGAGAGUUUCGUCGAUUUUGGACAGUCCAUCUCUAAGCAUCCAGGCAUAUGUGAGUACUGGGAUUAUAAAGGUUCUGUACAAGCCUAACUUCGACCUCUUGACACGAGAUGUGACCGAAAUAGUUUCUUUAGACGGUAGAAUAACCUGCUGCCUCCUAGCAAGCUAACCCGAAUCUCUAUGGACCAGAAUCAGGUUGAACUUGUAGUAGAUGGUCCCUGUGGUCUCCACUUCAGAGUUCUGAAUGGCCCGCUCCUGCGCGACGCAGAGAAGGACAAGCUUGGCCGCCUCCUCAAUGCACUCCGUUUGUGGUAGCAGAUAGGAUUAGAGAGCUUGUCGUCAUCCUGCGCCUGGCCGGUUACGUUAGGCAUGACGUCGAAUUUUAGUUACAAUGGUUUACUAAGAAUCUUAGUAGAUAGAUCUGACGACCCCCGGCCAUGACAAAGCUUUUUAUAUUAAUAAUACAUACUUUUCUUGAUAACAUUAUUACUUUAUACAUAUAUAUAUACAUAUUCAUAUAUACAUCUCUCACUGUACGAAUGUUUGUAUUAAUAAUUUUAACUUAACACAUCAUUCAUCAUAUUCUCAGCUCAUCAACGAAUGAUGCGCCAAAGCCAAAUAUAAAGAUGCAUAUAAUCGAUGUUCUACAAACAAACAAAACAAUCAGAAGAAUUGAUAAAAAGAACAACUUGAAACGCACUUAUUUAUUUAAUUUUCGCUAAUUAGCAUACUGUAGUGGAUGUACCUAGCUUUUUAUAGGUAUUAGUUUGUAACUAGUUUAAUGCCUCCGCCUUUUUAUUGCGAUCACUAUAUUUUUUAUUUUUUAGUUGCCAAAGACAUGGCAGACUUUCGUAAAUUUUUAUAAAUACAGGUCAACACUUUCGCGAACGUUGACGAAGCGUCCAAAAUAUAAAUAAGAGGCCAAAACAAAACAUCAACAAGUCAACCGCCCAUAAUGUUUUUGGCAUUACAAAUUAAUGCCAAACUGCUGCGCUUCUGUCAAAACGUAUAUGUUUUUGGCCGAGGCGUAAACAGUUUGGCAUUACAAAUUAAUUUUACGCUAGUUUUCACGCUUCGUGUAGCCGCCUAGUAACACAAGGAUUUUAAUUACAAUCUAUAGAUGCUUUUAUUUCUCCUUUCUCCAGUAUAUUCACAAUUACAGCAGCAUUGCAGGUGUAAAUUACAUAGAUUGGUUCGAUGCUUCUACUGAAAAUAAUACUUGUCUAUGCUUUGUUAGUGCAAUCACCUUUCUCACGAUUUCUAUGUUGAUAUGUGUUUAUGAUCAAAUGAUACAUCCAAGCGCAAAUAGAUUAGUAAUGUGGAAAUUUCAUAUUUCCCAGAAAGUGAUGAAUUUAAACAUGGCCACCCUUCUCUGGCUUCACCGAUAACGGCAGUCUGCUCUCAAUAUUGUGCAGCAUUGGGAUUCACAUACAUACAUUAAAAUAUAUACUUCAAAAAAUGCAACACACUCGCAAAAGACAACAAUGAUCAAGGCAAAAUUGUGAUCAUGGACAUAAUAUGAUUCUACGUCACAAUAUAUGAGUGAUAUACAACUUUUCUCAUUUCCACCUUGGGCUGAAUCGCUUGUGGUUGCAUUUUCUUUUUUUUUCAAUGACAACCGCAACUUUUUACUACCAUAUUUUUAUACUUCUUGAGAUUCACGUUGGACUCGUCGAUGUGAUAGAGCACAGAUAUCGGAAUCAACUUCGU